CGCAGCACAAGUUGCUUUCCAAACGCCAUAAAGGAAGAAGAAGAAGAGAAAAUGUCGCUUGCCAACCGCCAUUAAGCCAAAGGAAGAAGAAGAGGAGGAAGAAGAGGAAAGAUGGCGUGUAAACGAGGUGCUCUCAUCGUGCUGGAGGGAGUAGACAAAGCAGGGAAAAGUACGCAGUGCAAGAAGCUGGUGGAGGCGCUGCAGCAGAGCGGACACCCCGCGGAAGUCAUCAGGUUUCCCGACAGAAGCACGACUAUCGGGAAGCUGAUCAGUUGUUACCUGGAGAAGAAAAGUGACCUGGAGGACCACACGGUGCACCUGCUCUUCUCCGCCAACCGCUGGGAGAUGGUGUAUGUUGGAGUACAUGUAGAGAAUGCAUGCGCAGCACAAAGUAGUCCUAUUAAAAGUAAACAGCUGCUCUUGCCUCCACACCGCAGGCCUCACAUGAAGAGCAGGCUGGAGGCAGGCACCACCCUGGUGGUGGACCGCUACGCCUUCUCCGGCGCGGCGUUCACCAGCGCCAAGCCCGGUUUCAGCCUGGACUGGUGCACCCGGCCUGACGUGGGCCUCCCCAAGCCAGACCUGGUGGUGUUCCUGCAGCUCAGCCCCGCCCAGGCGGCGCUGCGGGGCCACUUUGGCGAGGAGCGCUACGAGACCUCCGUCUUCCAGAGAGCGGUGCAGCAGAGGUUCCAGGAGCUGAUGAAGGACCCUUCCGUCAACUGGAAGGUCGUCGACGCGUCGCAGAGCGUGGAGGACGUGCACGAUGACAUCACCGCGCUGAGUCUCCACGUCCUCAAAGUGGCUGGGGAGCAGCGCCUGGAGGAGCUUUGGAAGUGAGCAUCCACAACCUUGUCUUUUCUUUUGUCCUGUACACAAGUGAGCGUCCACAACCUUGUCUUUUGUCCUGUCCAUGUGGAACAACACGUACAUUAAAGCAGCACAUGGGUGAGAGAGGACUGACACGUCCAUCUUCAACUGUGAAACAAGCUUCUUUUUUUUUUAGCAGAAAGUCCAAUUAUGUCACAAAAGAAGCAGCAAAAAGUCCAAAAAUAUAAAAGUGAUUUUGCUAAAAACAAGAGUUGAAAAAUGC